CUACAUCGGAUCCGAUUACAUGGGAUCGAAGAUCACGAGUUUUAAAUCACCACGUGGAAGUCAUGUGCUCUUUGUUUACAUAGGGCAGAGUUCACAAGGUCUAUUUUACGUGUUCACCAGACCAGACUGUCACCGUUUUUUGGCACGAACCCCUUUCCUACUGAUUCGGCCGGAUUUAGCCUUGAGAAGAAACCUGUUGAGUCAGUGUCCUACGUGGUGGAUUUAUAGAUGUCAGUCCAAAGUGGUGACGGCGCCGACAUGAGCGCCCUCCCCUUCCUGAGACUACUUGUGGCCGGUGCGUCCACCGUGACCCUUGUACCGCUGGUCUCACUGGUCUGCAUCUAUAACACCAAACCGGACUUCAUCAUAAAAGCGAUCAGAAAGGUGGUGAUAUGGCGGGCUGGACUUACGGUCAAGUUUGUGACAGUGGACGGUUACAGGUUCGCCUACGCUGAGAGGGGACGUCCUACCGAGACUCAGCCGUCAAUCAUUUUUCUUCACGGAUUUUCCACAUCAAAGGACACAUGGGCCAACUUCAUUAAGGCUCUUCCCCGAAAUUUGCACAUCAUAACGUUAGACCUUCCCGGCCACGGUGACUCUGAUCGGAACCCUAACCAGGAUCUCUCCAUGGAGGGCCAGGCAAACACCUUACGUAGGUUUGUUUGUGCCGUUGGUUUGGACCGAAAGCCGUUACACCUGGUUGGAACGUCCAUGGGCGGUGGGAUCGCCGGGCUGUAUGCUGCCACCUACCGGGAAAACAUCGCACUGCUCACCCUCUUCUGUCCACUCGGAGUGGUACCUCCUGUUCAUAGCCGUAUGAUGAAGGCUUAUCUGGAAGGUAGAAACAUGUUGGUGCCCACGACACUAGAUGACUUCCGAGAAAUGGCCCAAAUCAACUCGUACCGGUACAAGAUCGGAAAACUCAAGCUCCCAGAUAAGCUCCUGUACUGUGCACUGGCUGACAGGACGCCACACAACGACUUUUUCCAGAAGUUGUCUGAUGAACUCGGGCGAAAAGAGAAAUGGGACGUAUUGCAAAGAAGCAUGGGAAAUAUAUGUGCGCCUACACAUGUGAUCUGGGGACGAGAGGAUGACGUUUUGGACGUCUCUGGCGCCGACAUUUUACGGGAAGGAGUGUCGAACUGCCGCCUGGACAUCCUUGACGACUGCGGGCACGUCUUGGUGAACGAGCGGACUCGGCAGGCAGUGAAAGUCUUCAUCGACUUCAGAGAACAGGUUCUAAACGGACACAAGAAAUAAGAAGUUCUUGAUUUAGCGCACACAGUGAUCAACCCCAACAAGUUGAAAUGGAAAGAUACAACCGGACACCUCCGAAUAACAGACUCUGUACACUCUGUAACUCCAAACGUAUAGAAAAUGAAGUCCAUUUCAU